ACAAAAUUCUGCAGCUAGUAACAGAAGAGGUUCACUCUGUCUGUUAGGGCUCCAGAGAAUACAACACACUGACCGAGACAGAGGACGCACACUACACUCACAUAGACACACACACAGACACGCUUUAUACAGAUACAUGUUCCCCGUGUGACCACAACCAUGGGCACCUGGAUUUACCUCAUGGCUUGCUUGGCCUCUGCAGUACACUUCUGUGUCUGCACUCCGCACAGGUUCCUAGUGACUGCACCCAGUGUGUUUCAUGUUGGGGUGAAGGAGCGGGUGUCUGUCCAGGUGGGAAAAUCCCUGUUAAAUCAGCAAGUCACAUGUUACCUGGAGCAGGAGAAAGGAAGAAUCCCAAUGUCUCACAAACAGAGUCAAACCAUCAGAGCAGAGGGUCACAUUGAGACUCUGGAACUGGAGGUGUUUGCUGAUAAAGUGUCAAACCUGAAGUCUGGAACGCCUCCUUACCUUAAUCUGGUGUGUGAUAUCAGCAGUCAGAGGAGAAUAGCCAGAGUGUUAGUGUCCCAGCACUCAGGCUACAUCUUUAUCCAAACCUCACAACCUGUAUACAACCCCACGCAGACGGUUUGGUAUAGGAUUUUUACCUUGGAUCACUCCAUGCGACCAAAAUCAGGCAGUGUCCAGUUAGCUGUCAUCAAUGCUGAAGGAAAUAAGAUUAAGAAGUUAACUGUCCACGUGACCAGAGGAAUUUACUCCAACAGUUUCCACAUCCCUGAUGUCUCAAAGCCUGGAGUUUGGAAGAUUAUCGCCAACUAUAAAGGGGAUGACAGCAAUGUGACCAUUCGAGAAUUUAAGGUCCAAAAGUUUGUUCUUCCUAGCUUCAUUGUGUCCAUCCAACCAGACAUACACUACUAUCUUCUGAGUGCUGAAACGUUCAGUUUUACCAUUUCUGCCUCAUACUCCUAUGGAGAGGCCGUCAGCGGGGGGUUUCACUGUCGGUUUGGGGUGAAAAAGGAACCAGAGGAAAACAGCCAACCUGUGCAGUUCAUAAAGAAUCUGGAACAAACCGGCACAAUUAAGGAACCAGCCCGAGUCAGCAUUCGCACGGCCGAUCUCCGGAAGCUACUCAAAGACGACACGCUGGAAGGCUUGGCGGAGACAAGAGCCCAGUUUUAUAUUGGCGUAACAGUCACUGACACCAGAAGUGGAGAGGUCCAGGAGGGAGAGAUAAUGCUGCCUAUAGUGCUCCAGGCCUACUCAGUCGACCUGUCUCGCACCCGAUCCCAUUUCAUCCCUGGUGUUCCUCUGGACGUUACGGUAGUGGUACACCUGGCAAAUGGUCACCCAGCUGCACAUAAGCAAGUACAGAUAGAUGUAUCAUCUUCAAUUGAGAGAACAGCUGAUAGGGAAACUGACCAAGAGGGCACAGUGCACCAUAGCUUCAAUAUUGAUGGACGACCCACUUUAAUCAAUGUUAAAGUUACCAUAGAGGGAAAGGAGUACAGCAAGACACUGUUACCUGCCACAUCACCAAGUCAGAGCUUCCUGUUUAUCAGUGUGUCCAAUAAUGUUCUAUCACCUGGGCAGAACAUUCCUGUCAGUUUCAACAUUCCCAGUGGACGGCCUGAAGACGGACGAAUUUAUUACAUGGUCCUCAGCAGAGGAGUCCUGAGAAAAUGGGACUCCAUCAAGACUGGAGUACUGACAAAAACUACCGUCUCCAUCAGCCCUGACAUGACCCCAUCCUUCCGCCUGAUUGGCUACUACUACCACCAAAAUGGGGAAAUCGUCGCUGACUCAGUGUGGGUGGAUGUUCAGGACGUUUGUGAGGGAACAAUCAAGAUAAAACCAGAGAAGAACACGUACAAGCCAAGUGAAUUGGUGAAGAUGGAUAUUGACUUGGGGGAUCAAAAAGCUAAAGUGGCUUUGCUGGCUGUGGACAAAGCCAUCUAUGCCCUGAAUGCCCACAACAAACUCACCCCCAAACAGGUGUUUGCCUCCAUGCAAUCCUAUGACCUGGGGUGUUCAUAUGGGGGUGGACAGAACUCUGAAGCGGUUUUUAAUGAUGCUGGCCUCACCUUCAUCUCUCACUCAGAGACAAAGUCUCAGAUGAGAAAAGGGUUCAGCUGUGAGUCAGGCUUCCGGCGACAGAGACGUUCUAUAGACCUUCAGAGUCUGAUGGGGCAGAAGGAAUCGACUUACACUGAUCCCAAGUUGCAAAAGUGCUGUCACCAUGGAUUCACCCUGAUUCCCAUGGCAUUAACGUGUCAGCAGCGGGCGGCCCGGGCAAACAGAACUGAGGGAGAGGACUGUGCCAAUGCCUUUCUCGACUGCUGCCUGCAUGCAGCUAAACUGAGGGAGAAGAAAAGGCUGGAAGACCAGAGCAAAAGCCAUGGCCGCACCUCUGGUGCUUCUGACAUUGAGGACUUUUUUGACAAUUCCGUUCAAGACAUUCGCAGAUACUUCCCCCCCAGCUUUGAGUUCCGUGACAUUGAAGUGAAUGGUAAACAAACGCAUUCAUUCCAUGCACCCGACUCUAUCACCACUUGGGAAAUACAGGCUGUCAGUUUGUCCACCUCUCACGGUAUCUGUGUGGCGGAGCCCGCUGAUGUGCGUGUCUUUAAAAACAUCUUCGUUUCUCUGAGAUUACCGUACUCUGUCAGGCGCCACGAACAAAUGAGCAUCGUCGCCGUAAUCUACAAUUAUGGAAAUGGGGAAAAGGAGCUCGCAGUUCACAUGAAACAGGUCGACAACCUGUGCUCACCUGGAUCAACAACCUCUUCUUCUUACAUCAAUAUCACUUUGGCCGCUCAAUCCUCCCAAACAGUGACCUUCUCUGCAGUUCCCAUGGCAACAGGCGAAAUUCCAAUUACCAUACAGUUGUAUGACAGAGAUUUCGAGACAGGUCUGGAUGCGAUUGUGAAGAUGUUGCUGGUAAAGACAGAGGGGGUGGAGAAGAGAGAGGAGAAAAGUUAUUUUUUCAAUUUGGAUGGCAGAAGUGAGAACCGUAUUGAGAUUGAUGGAGAAUUCCCCAACAACACAGUCCCAGACUCACCCACUAACCUGUUUGUGAAGCUAGAAGGGGAAGUGUUUGGCCAGUCAGCUGCCCUUUCUCUCCUCUCGCCAUCCAGUGUGGAGAAACUGAUCACACUACCCAAUGGCUGUGGUGAACAGACCAUGCUUGGCCUGUCUCCAACUGCCCUUUCUAUUCGUUACCUGGACAAGAGCAAUCGUUGGGCGGAGCUAACACCAGGGCUCAGAGAUAAGGCUCUCGACUUUAUCACGAUAGGUUAUGACAGAAUUCUGACAUAUAAGAAAGCUGAUGGAUCAUAUGGAGCGUUUCCAAGCCGCCCCUCCAGCAACUGGCUGACAGCCCUGGUGGUGAAGGUCUUGGCCCUUGUGGCUGAACGUCAGGUAGAGGAAACCAGACAGGGAGGCAGAUCAGAGAAACUCAUCUCAGAGGAGGACAUCCGGAUAUCAGUCAGAUUUCUGAUUGGUCAACAGAACAAUGAUGGCUCCUUCUCUGAUCCAAACCCUGUCUUGGACAGGAAAAUGCAGGGUGGCAUCGGAGGUGUAGAGAAUGAUGCUUCCCUCACAGCAUUCAUAACCAUAGCUCUCCAUCACUCCCGUCCCUUCCUGGAAGAUGAACAAGACGAUGUGGAAAGCAGUAUCUCGAAAGCCACCGGGUACCUCCAGUCUCGUGUUGAAGCGCUACAGAGGCCAUACGCUGUGGCCAUCACAGCCUACGCCCUGGCCAUCAGCCUGAGAGACAAAAGCCUGGCAGAACCUGCCUGGAGGAAGCUCAAAACAUUGGCGCAACGAGAGAAAGAGUGUAUAGUGUGGCGGUCCGACGAAGCUAUCCGAUUAGACGGCGAGAAAAAGCCACACAAAGUCCCCCCAGCGAACGCGUUAUCGGUGGAAACCACAGCCUACGGCCUUCUGACUGCUCUGGCUCAUAAAGACUUUGAGAUGGCAGAUGCCGCUGCUUGUUUCCUGUCAACACAAGAGAACUAUGGUGGAGGAUUCUAUUCAACACAAGACACUAUGAUUGCGUUAGAGGCAAUGUCUCAGUACGCCAUCAGUCAACCUGAGACUCGAUCUUCCACACUGGACGCUCAAUUUGACGUUCCAGGGAAGGCUCAAAAGGAAAAGCUGGUGUUGGAUAAAACUGGAGAGAAAGUGGAGGCAGAGCUAAAGAGACUAUUAGGAAACAACAUAAAUAUGAAAAUUUCAGGACAAGGAAAAGCCAAAAUGAAGGUGGUGAAGGCUUUCUACUCUCUGGAGCCUGAGGCAAAUUGUGACGACUUGUCAAUCAAUGUCACUGUAGAGGGAAAAGUGGCAUACACGGAACGAGUCAUUGAAAAUUAUAAUUAUUACUAUGAAGAAGAGGGGGAUGUAGAGGAGCAGAGAAGAGAGGAAGAGGACCUCCCUCGUUCGGCCAUCGAGUGGUUUGACGCUCGUACCAGAACAAGAAGAGACACCAGUCAAAGUCUGGAGUCCCAGGACACAGUGAAAUACCACGUCUGUGUCAGUCAUAAACCAGGGCAGGGAAUUUCAGGAAUGGCUAUUGCUGACAUCACACUGCUCAGUGGCUUUACAGCCAACACAGAACAACUGGAAAAGCUGAAGAGCCUUUCUGACAGAUACAUCUCUCAUUAUGAAGUCUCUCAUGGCAGAGUUCUGCUCUACUUCAACGAGAUGGAACAAGAGGGAGAAUGCAUCGCUUUUGAGGCGACACAGAAAAUACCCAUUGGAUUAUUACAGCCGGCCCCAGCUACGUUUUAUGAUUACUAUGAGCCAGACCGGAGAUGUUCUGUUUUUUACUCUGCACCCAAGAGAAGCAAGAUGGUGUCCACCCUGUGCUCUGGAGACGUCUGCCAGUGUGCUGAGAGACCAUGUCACAAAGAAAAGGAAACACUGGAAAUGAAAAUCUUAAAGGACACUCGGCUUGCCUAUGCCUGCUACCAGCCAACAGUGGAAUAUGCCUUCGUGGUUUAUGUGGACAGCGUCACUGUAAAGAGCAACUUUGAGCUCUACAGGACCGUCGUGAAAGUGGUGGCCAAGGCCACUGGAGACAGAGAUGUUCAAACAGACAGCAUUCGUGUGUUUGCCAAGAGGAGGCAGUGCAAAGGCGAACUGGAGGUGGGGAAAACCUAUCUGAUCAUGGGCAAAGACGGAGCCACCACUGAUGCCACGGGCCAAAUGCAGUAUCUGUUAGAUGCCAACACGUGGGUUGAGAAGAAGCUCGAUCCGUCCACAUGCACUGCGUCAGUCAACAAGAAGUUCUGCAAACACUUUAAAGACUUUACUACACACCUCCAACUGGACGGCUGUAACGUAUAAGGACAUGGCUCAGUUUAUACCGUGCCCAGUAUAUUACACCCUUCAGCCUCACAAAUGAAUCUGUUUAUACAGAUGGCAAUUUUAUAAGUAUUAAACAUUAUGCAUUAUAUUGUCAUACAUCAUACAAUCAUACAUUUUUAUAAAGUUAUAAUAGCUUUAUAUGGAAAGAAAAACACAGUGAUGUCACAGUGAUCACAGUAAAUAAUGUCAACCAUGGAAAAGGAUAUGUCCGUUCAUAUUGGUCUUUAUGUCCGUUUAUGCAAAGAACUCACUCAAGCGAGGUUGGAAGCCAUCCUUUUUAAGCUGUAUGCCAUUUUGAUUUAUAUGAUGCUUUCUGAUGACAUAAAGUAGCAGUUCAAAAAACAAAA